GCAAAACCAGACACAUCUCAGCCUUCCACCAUGCCUGUGCCUCCCCCUCCAGCUCCCCCUCCUCCCCCAACACUGGCAUUGGCAAAUACUGAAAAGCCAUCCUUAAGCAGGUCAGAACAAGCAGGGCGAAAUGCCCUAUUAUCUGAUAUUACCAAAGGGAAAAAACUGAAGAAGACUGUUACCAAUGACAGAAGUGCCCCGAUUCUAGACAAGCCCAAAGGACCUGGUGGAGGUAGCAGUGGUGGCUUUGGAGGAGGUGGUGGCAGUGGCAGUGGUGGGAGUUUUGGUGGUGGUGGUGGCUUCAGUGGUGGUGGACCACCUGGCCUUGGAGGCCUUUUUCAAGCAGGAAUGCCAAAGCUCAGGUCUGCUGCAAGUCGAGAUGCAGAUGCCGGGGCAAGCCGCCCGCCCGCUCUGCCGCCCGGAGGCCGCUCCGCCGCCGCCAAGCCCUUCUCUCCGCCGAGCGGCCCGCCGCGCUUCCCGGGGUCGGCCUCGGGGCCGCGGACCCCUGCUCCCGAGCCGCAGAGGAGCCGCAUGCCCCCGCCAAGGCCCGACGUCGGCUCCAAGCCCGAGCCCGUGCCGCCGCCGGUACCCAGCACGCCCCGGCCCAUCGCCUCCAGCCUGCACAACAGAGGCUCGCCGCCGGUGCCGGGAGUGAGCCGGCAGCCCAGUUUAGGGCCGUCUCCCCCGCCGUUCCUGGGCAGCCGGAGCGCGGGAUCGGCCGGGCCACUCCGGCAGACAGGCCCCAGCGCGGCAUCCCCCUUCUCCGGCCGGCCGCCGCUGCCGCCCACCCCGUGCCGGCCGGCUGAGGACAAGCCGCCGCCUCCACCGCCGCCAGCCGGGCACAGACCGUCCGCAGCUCGGGAACCGGCUCUGCCCCCGCUGCCGCCACAGAACAGCAAGCCGCCUGUGCCCUCUGCCCCACGGCCUACAGUCGGUGCCCCAGCGCCCCCACCUCCCCCAAGCAGGCCGGGGCCACCCCCUAUCCCGCCUGUCCCGGGCGGCAGCGACGAGAUGCCGCGGCUGCCCCAGAGGAACAUCUCGCUGGGGUCCUCCUCAUCGCCCGGCGGCGGGGGCGGCCGCUCCGGACCCCUGCCCCUUCCGCCCAACGAGAGGCCUCCACCGCCCGUCAGAGACCCCCCGAGCCGAUCAGGCCCCCUCCCACCACCUCCUCCCAUAAGCAGGAAUGGAAGCACAUCAAGAGCUUUGCCUGCUGCUCCCCAGCUGCCAUCCCGGGCAGGCCUGGACAACCAGAGAGGUGGACCACGACCACCACUUCCUCCUGACCGGCCAGGCUCAGCAGCAGCAGGACCACCACCACCACCACCCCCUUCAUCAGCUGUCCGAAAUGGUUUCCAGGAUCUAGGUGAUGAUGAAUGGGAAAGCAGAUUUUCUUUUCAUCCUGUCUCUGACUUGCCACCUCCAGAGCCAUAUGUACCCAUGAACAGAAGUUAUCCCAGUAAACUAGCGAGAAGUGAAAGUAGAGGUGGCUCUGGCCGAAAAGAAAGAGGUGCCCCCCCACUUCCACCUAUACCAAGGUGAAAUGGAUUCUGGCCCAUCUUUGGGCAACAUUUGUUUUCAAGUUUCCUUCAAGUGAGCUCUCCUGCCCUACAUCAUUGGAAAGUUGUCCGCUUUGCUUGAUUUCUACUUCUGACUUGUCAGCUGGAACAAACUUCAGUCUCUCUUACAGAGUGCAGCUUAUGAACUAUAGUUGCUCAAAGCUAUAAAUUUUAUUUGCUUAUACUGCAGGCUGUCAUGAAAGGCAUUUUGUGAACCAUACACAACAUAUGUGUAUCAUGCUUAGUGUGUCCAGCCAUAUGUCCUUGAAAGCUCCAUGGGAGGGCUGGCUUUGAAUUUAAUGAGAGCUGGAACAAAUCUGUUUCAUUCACUUUGAGUACACUGGCUGUGUUAUUUGAAUGAUAAAGUAAAAUCUAUUUUCUGUUUAAAAGACAGUUGCUGGAGAAAAACAUGUAGCCAAGAGUUCUCUGGAUCCUUCUUUGCAAGCCUAACUCAUCCCAUCUGCUUCUGCAAGCCAUAGACCUACUCCAUGGUGACUGAGAGUUCAUCCUAAAGCUUUUCGCUUCAGCUUAGUCAAACAAAUCUUAUUUCAAACAAUAUGUAGCACGUUUUUCCCCCAGAAUGAAGUGUGGCUGGCCUUGUUUUUAAUCUGUGAAGAAUCUUGCAAAGAAAAGCACAAGUGAAGAAUGCAUAAGCAUAAAAAUACCCUUUUUAAAUUUUAAUCCCUCUUUCCUUGUUUUUCAAUAGUGUUAUGCUUUUAGUCACCUAAUUCUUUCCUGCUCUGAUGUGAACCAACCCACAGUCAGCUGUGUGCUGUGUUAUUUUAAUGCCCUCUAUCUGUGACUACAUGCAAAGAGUCCUCGGAAAGUAGUCUUGGUGCAAAAGCAGCAAUUAUAGUUGCAGGCUCCUACAAAAUAUCACUAACACCCG